AAACGGGGAAAGUAUCAAUUUAACUCGAAAUUUCUCGUUUCAACAAAGUGCUCCUCUUUUCAGUUCCACCGUAGACAGACAAAGUGAGCGCAACGCAAUGUCCUGCGGUAAGGCAUCCUGCCAGUCAGGAGGCUGCAGUAACUACGACGACGAACAACCUCUCUCUCCCACUAGACCACCAGUCACAAUCACCCCCAAUGGCUCCGUCAAUAUCAGCGGCGACCGCCGCCAACUCCCUUCAAACCCUAACAUAUGCAUCAAGUGCAAACUCAACGACGCCAUUGGCGGACGGUUCGGCGGCGGAGAUGACGGCCGAUUUUGCAAAGACUGCUUCCGUGGUUCUCUAUUCGGAAAGUUCAGAUUUUCCGUCACUUCUACCGGCAUGAUUUCUCCUUCUGAAAAAGUCCUCGUCGCUUUUUCCGCCGGCCCUUGUUCUAGGGUGGCUUUACAAUUCGUCCAUGAGAUGCAAGAUAAAGCUCAUAAGAACUUUGAAGCGAGUAGGGAUAAAUCUCUUCCUGUGUUUGGGGUCGGGGUUGUUUUUGUUGAUGAAAGUGCAGCUCGUUGUGUUCCAAGUGCUGAAUCUGAUGAAGCAAUUCAACACAUUAAGAAUGUUCUCAGUGAUCUUGCUGCGCCGGAGAAAUUGUUGCACAUUGCUCCUCUUGAAAGCAUAUAUGCCUUGAAUCCUGCUGAUGGUAGAGAGAAGCUGAGAAGGCUGUUAGAUGCUAUAGGUGACAAUACCGGUAAAGAAGAUUUUUUGAUGCAUCUGCGUAUGUUAUGUCUACAAAAGGUUGCUGUGGAAAAUGGGUACACCCAGUUGGUACUUGGGACGUGCACAUCGACUAUCGCUCGUCAUGUACUUACAGCAACUGUAAAGGGCCAGGGCUACUCCUUACCAGCAGAUAUACAGUAUGUUGACGCAAGAUGGCCGGUGCCUGUGUUGCUUCCACUUCGUGAUUGUCUUGCACGAGAAGUCAGCUUGCUUUGUGAGCUUGAUGGAUUGAAGACACUAGCGAUGGUUAAUGGUCCUCAGUCUGGGAUCAAUGCAUUGGUUUCAUCAUUUGUCUCACUUUUGCAGGAAGAAAAUCCUUCUCGGGAAUGCACGAUUGUUAGGACUGCCGGAAAGCUUACACCAUUCAGUUUUAAUAGACUACCAGAUGUUGAUGACCCUAAGGCACGUCUUGCAUCCCAAAGGCGUCAAAAGAGGUUUAAUAUCAAGUCAGAUGAGCAUACUCCACCAGAAUCAUUCUGUUCUCUGUGCAACAGCCCACUCCACGCGUCUGACUCCUCAAGUUUAGGCAGUUUUUCUGAUGAGCAGCAGAGUGCCGAGUCCUUUGGAGCGGCUUGCUGCUCGAGUUGCAGAUUCCAAAUUCUUCCUGAUGAUUCAUUGUCUAUGGACCAGUUCUAUGGACUCUUACCCCAACCAAUAAUGUCCAGAGCCGCAAUCUGCAACAGCUUCAUUAACCAAAGAUUGUUGAGGGAAAAAAUACAAGAUUUCCUACUUUCAGACAGUGAAGAUGGAGGCUGAGCUCAACAAUUUAGAUGAAUGACUUGCCUCUGUCCUGUUUGUAGAAGCCUCUGGUGAGGCAGUUUUGAUUUAAGAGCAGCUUUCACAUCUUUUUGUUCAGUUGACUGGAGGUCAACCAGCUGCUGAAUUACUGAUGACGAGCUCCUUAAACUGCUUGGCUUGGUCGAUGUUCCCAACAUCAUAAGUGUCUGAUCAAUUGUUAUGGAGUUGAUCAAUCUCUAGUACUCAGGGAAGGGGAACCCGUCAAGGUAGGGUAUCAGUUUUGAAGCGGAAGUAGUAUUCAAAAUUUGGAGUGCCGCUGCUGCAGCUUGUAUUUUACUAAUUAUGGUCUAUUUGUGAUUUAUUUCUGUUCUCUAAAUUAUGGUUUUGGAUGAGCGACAAGUUAUUGCUCAUUUUUGGAAUAUUGUAUGAUAGAUCAAUCUGGUGAGAUGGUAGAUACUAGAUACUGACCAAUCUCUCAUUGCAUUACACAUUUAUAUGUACUUCAGAUUUAUAGGCAGACUUUUGGUAUGUCUAGAGAUGAUUUAAACGGGGGCAUAUUUGGUAAUCUUUGACUCUUGAGGUGAGAUUAUGAGAAUAACUUUAUUUUCACCUGUACUA